UCGGCGCGUGCGCAACACGCGUCUAUUAGCCAAACUCCAAGUCCGAUGCGAUCGCGAACGCGACGUUUUGUCUCCUAAUCUUUUUGUUCUAACAAUUCGUUCAAAUGGAAGUAUUGAGGACACACCUCAUUUCCCUUUGUUGCGAUUCUCUAUAACAUGCUGUGAAUAUUCUUUGUUAGUAACAAUAGCAGUGUUAGUUCUACUUUCCUAAAAUUUAAAUAAAAUAAGCCCUGUGAAUAUAAAUUUACACCUCAUUACUAGUAAUAUUUAAACGGAAGUACUAGAUACCGAGAAGAUAAUAAUUACUGGUGGGAUCAACUGCGCCUUUUGUUGUGAUGAACAAUGUUUAAACAAAAGCUUUUUCUGCUGAUGUGCGCAUACAGCGCCCUAGCUGCUCUAGAUGGUUAUAGCGCACAACAAGAUCCCGAUCAGUUCCAUAUACAAACAGAUGAAGAUGACGAUCGGUAUUUCCUUUACCAAACACACAACGGCCAGUAUCGUAAGGAACGGCGACUCAAAGAUGGUUCAGUAGUCGGAACCACGGGCUGGGUGGGCGCUGAUGGAUUUUUAAGACUACAAGACUACAUCGCUGAUGACCAAGGAUACAGAAUUUAUAAGUCGAAGACAGUUUACGUGGGGGAAAACCGCCCGAUACGAGAAUCUCUUAAAAUAGCAAAAACCGCACCAACUGAUUCUGGUUUUAACAUAACUCCAGCACCAGCCCCUCAUCCUCCGCGAGGGACUCCACGCUUCAGUACGACAACUCAAACCCCGCUUCCUCAUUCUUCUACACAGAGUUUACACAAUAUUUACCCCACAGAAAUAUCCAUUACACCACCACCUCUAUCGUAUUCGCGUCCAACUUCAACACCAAAAGUUAAUGUGUCGCCGAACUCUAUCGAUUCAUCGACACAAUACGAUUUUAAGCCAACUGUAACACCAAUCACAGCUAGUGAAGCUUCCUCAACGCCGAAUCCUUACAAUUACGAUUUAUCGAACACUAAUACAAUAGACGGAUAUUACGCAAGUGAUAGCUCUCCUAAUGGCCGUUUUGACGUUAUCAAUCCGAAUUCCUAUAGGCAUGCAAAUGACUGGACCAGAAGACAAAGGCCUGAAGUGCACCUCGGCGAUGGCUACACUCCACAAUUCCCAGGCUAUGAUGGUGUCGCCUUUAGAAGGAACGGAUUCCGAUACUAUCUUCCUAAACAGUAUCAUGAAGAAGAAACCCAAGAUGCUGAUGAAAGAACAGGUAGUUUUGGAUAUAUAGAUCCUUUCGGAAUUCGUCGAGUAAUAUAUUAUAACACAGCACCUGGACAAGGGUUCCAAAUUCGAAAAAACAACAGAUAUGUUGGCCAUGAUGCCACUCCUUACGACCCAAGACCUGCAAAGUGAUGUAUAAAUAUUCAAUUUGUUGUAGUUACCACAUAGAGCAGUAUUCUAAUUUUAAAUAAUCUUCAAGUGAUUGCUAGAGACAAAACGAUUGAUCUUCGAACGAAACCUCUUAGCCAUAUUAUUUUUCAUAAAGUUAAGUUACACAGUAGUCAUAUAUUUUAAAUGAAUAAAUAUAAUUUAUUUUAGAAUGACAUAUGGUUUCGCUAAAUUAAUAAAAAGAUAAUCGGACUAAUAACAAGCUAAAUAAUUCAUUGAAUUCAUAAUUACUUGUGCCAUGAAUUGAAACUGACGGACAAAAAAUACAGUACUUACGCUAAUAGUUACGAAAACAUUUAGAAAUAUGAAUAUAUUAUUGGCGUUGUUUCCAUAAUGCAAAAUUUACCGUAAUAUGUUGAUAUUUGUAAUAAAAUACUAAAAAGGAUUUAGACUAGUAGUAGUAAGGCCGUAUGAAGCGAGCAUUGAACUUGACUUAAUUUGUUAUUUUCUUACGAAUGAGUAUUGCGUAGGCAUAUUAUAGUCAAGCUUUACCGUUUAAGGACAAAUCCUUAAAUGUACAAAAAGUAUUUAAAAUAUAAAACUUAUAAAUUUAUUUUUAUUCUUAUAUUAAAACUAUCUUAUAUAUUUGUAAAGUAUAUUAAUUGUAAAGGUACAUUUAAGUAUUUAGUUUAUUGUAUUUAACUUGGUGACAGUACUUGCAGUGUUAUAGCGAAUGAUUGGUCAUUUUAACUAUAAAUGCUAUGGAAUUUAGAAGAUAUUUAAUGACUUCUCGUUGCUAUGACAAUUUAAUGGGAAAUAUUUAUAACACUUAUUUAACUAGAUAACCAAAUAUAAAAUGUUAUUUAUAAUCAAUUUAUUUUAUACGUGUAAUUACUUCUUAUAAUGAUAAAAUUUGUGAUUUACAACACUAAAUUGCAGCAGCAUUUAGUAAUAAAC